AUGUGGUUCGCCGCCAUUUUUUUCGUUAUUAUUUUAUUUCUUUUAUUAUAUUUGGAUACUAGAAAACCGAAAGAUUAUCCUCCAGGACCUCCAUGGCUUCCCGUUUUGGGCAGCGCAUUGACGGUACACAAUCUACGAAAAGAAACAGGAUAUUUGUAUAAGACAUGUGCAAAUCUAGCAAAAAUCUAUGGUCCGGUUGUCGGUUUGAAAAUAGGAAAAGACAAACAAGUUGUUUGUUGCAGUUACGAAGCCAUUAAAGAAAUGUUAACGAAAGAUGAUUUCGAUGGAAGACCUCAAGGACCAUUUUACGAAACUAGGACUUGGGGUAUAAGACGAGGUUUGUUAUUAACCGACGAAGAAUUUUGGUUGGAACAAAGAAAAUUCGUUUUGAGACAUUUAAGAGAAUUUGGAUUUGGUAGGAGAACAAUGGGUGGUUUAGUCGAAGAAGAAGCUCACGAAAUGGUUAAAGAUUUUAAAAAGAAAGUUCUAGAAGGUGAUAACGUCAUACCUAUGAGAGAUGUUUUCGGUGUUUACGUAUUAAACACGCUUUGGUCUAUGCUAGCAAGUAUUCGUUACAGUCCUGAAGAUUUAGAAUUGAAAAAAUUACAAAAUUUAUUAACGGAAUUAUUUAUAAAUAUCGAUAUGGUUGGAUGUCCGUUUAGUCAAUUUCCGAUACUUCGAUAUAUCGCACCCGAAGCUUCCGGUUAUAAACAAUUUGUUCAAAUUCAUCAAAAAGUUUGGGAAUUUUUAAAGAACGAAUUAGAUAAUCAUAAGAGAACAUUUAAAGAUGGCGAACCGAGAGAUUUAAUGGAUGUUUAUUUACAAAUUUUAUCAUCCGAACAAAAAAAAGAUAGUUUUUCCGAAUCACAACUUCUUGCAAUAUGUAUGGACAUGUUCAUGGCGGGUUCGGAAACGACGAGUAAAUCUCUCGGAUUUGAAUUUUUAUAUCUUUUAAGAAAUCCGGAAAUACAAAAAAAAGCACAAGAGGAAAUAGAUUUGGUCGUGGGAAGAGAUAGACUUCCGACAUUGGAUGAUAAAUCAAAAAUGCCAUAUUUGGAAGCCAUUUCUUUGGAAUCCGUGAGAGUUUUCAUGGGUCGAACAUUUGGGGUACCUCAUAGAGCAUUGAGAGAUACCACAUUGCAGGGAUAUAAAAUCCCUAAGGAUACAAUGUUGACGGCUAAUUUUCAUAACGUUUUAAUGGAUGAAAAAUAUUUCGAUGAUCCAAACGAAUUUAAACCUGAAAGAUUUCUCGAUUCGAAAGGAAAUCUAAGCAUACCGGAUCAAUAUCUACCUUUCGGAUGGGGGAAACAUCGUUGCAUGGGUGAAGUUUUAGCUAAAACCAACAUAUUUCUAUUCACUGCAAGUCUUUUGCAAAAUUUUACGUUUAGUUUACCCGAAGGUGAUUCUUUACCAUCCACCGAAGGUAUCGAUGGUGUCACCGCACUACCCGUCAGCUAUAACGCAUUGGUCUCCUUUAGAAAGUAA